AUGGAUAUAAGAUCAUUUUUCAAACCUUUGAACAGUAAUGCUGCUCCAAAACAACAAAUUUCUACACAAAAUGACAAUAAUAUCAAUGUCGUUAGGAGUAAUUCCAAUGUAACGGGUAUCGCAGUUCAAUCUAUCUCUACUGAUAACAGUGUUAAUAAAAAUUUCCUAGACUCAGAUUCCGAAACCAGUCCAAAAACCACGCGACUAAAGAAAAAAUCCAAACUAACAACCGAUUAUAAGUGUCUAUUUGAUGACGAUGAUGAUGACACUGAUAAUGUUCCUGAUUCUAUAGAUAAAAAAAUAAGCGUACGACAAUUAUGCAACCUAGAAGAUAAGUCAACUUAUUCCAGACAAGUAAAUUUGACAGAAUAUUUUGACAGCUCCAAGAAUAAUAUACAACUCACAACCAAAAAUAGCUCGCAAGAUAAUAAAAGCACCGCAACUACUAGAGAUAUUAAGAAUAUCGAUUUUUACUCAUACCUGGACAGCAUGGACGUGGACCCUAAUUUAAUACUGUCAUCAACAGCAAUUCCAACGCCAGUAAAAACUGAUAUUGAUGUUGAUAUUCCUUUACCAGAUAUUAACCAAUCAACAAAUAAACAAGACAAUUAUGAUACUGAAAAAAAAUUUACUACCAGUAUUAAAGACAGAAAGUUCGUAUUUACAGGCGUUCUAAGCACAAUAGACCGAGAUGAUGCCAUUAAUGCAGUUAAGAGAUUAGGUGGUUCUGUUGUUAGUGCAGUGUCUGAACAAAUUGAUUAUCUUGUAUUCGGUGAAGUGCUUGAAGAUGGACGUCCAUAUAAAAUGGGCACCAAGUAUAAGAAGCUUUGUUAUAUUAACAAAAUUAGAAAGCAGCGUCUUAAGUUUGACAAUAAUGCUAAACAACCUAUUGAACUUAUUGAUGAGAUAACUUUCUCAAAAAUGAUUGAUGGUCUAUCAGUUCCCCAUAAUGCUGAUACUGACACUUCUCCUAAAAUUGGCAAUCUCACAUUAAGUUUCGAUACAACUUUAAAAGAAGAUAUAUGUACAAAUGUUUCUGGUGAAAAAAUUGAAAAUACAGCAAAUUUUGGCAAUAAUUGCUUAACAAUGUCGCAAAAAAACUCAUCAUUAUGGGUUGACAAGUAUGCCCCUAGAUCUAUUGAAGAAUUUGUUUCCAAUCAACUACAAUUAAAAAAGCUAAUGGAAUGGCUUAAAACAUGGAAAAAUCUACACAGUGGUAACUCUGAUAAUAAAAAGAGGGAUAGGUCCAGUUUUAAGUGUGCUUUGCUUAGCGGUCCUCCAGGCGUAGGUAAAACAACUUCAGCGCGUUUGAUAGUAGCCUCAUGCGGUUAUUCUAUAUUGGAAUUUAACGCCUCAGACCAACGCAAUAAGCAAGCAAUAGAACAAAUUGCCAUAAUGGCAACUGGCGGUAUUACAUUAAAUUUCGAUUACACUAACAAGCUUUGUGCAAAUACAUGCAUAGUAAUGGAUGAAGUGGAUGGUAUAUCUAGCGGAGAUAGGGGUGGAUCCCAAGCAAUACAUCGUCUCAUUGAAAAUUCAAUUUGUCCAAUUAUAUGCAUAUGUAACGAUCGAAAUUUGCAAAAGAUUCGUAGCCUUGCCAAUAAAUGUUUAGAUUUAAAGUUUUCUCCUCCUUCAAAAAUGUUGCUUGUGCAGAGGCUUAAGAAAAUAUGUCAAUGUGAAAACAUCACUGUGAAUGAUAAUACACUCAAUUCUUUAUGCGAUUCUAGACAAGGCGAUAUUAGACAAUGUAUUAAUGCAUUACAAUUUUCUUCAAACUCAAAAACGCCAUUUAUGGCAAAAAGCACUUCGGCUUUGGUUGAGGAAUUAAAAUUAGGUGAGAAGGAUAACAAUUUGAUCACCUCCCCCUUUGAUAUAACCCAAAGGCUAUUUUCCCCCCAAAACCCUAAUGACUUAACCUUUACAUACAUUCUGGACUACUUUUUCAUUGACUAUGACAUGGUACCCCUUAUGAUACACGAGAAUUACAUCAAAUUUAUCAAAGAUUCACUGAUAUCAGGGAAGAAAUGGUCAGCACUUUGUACUGCUGCUGAAGCAUUUGUCAUUGGGGAUGUAAUUCACAAGCAUAUAUACAAUACACAACAAUUCGUUAUGCUACCAGAACUGGGGUAUAUUACAGCAGUGUUACCUGUAGUUAUACUUAAAUCUUUAUAUUCCGGUAGAUUGACUGAGAAACUUGACUUUCCCAAAUGGUUGGGCAGAGUAUCUGCCAAUAAUAAGAAUAAACGUAUGUUACAAGAAUUUUGUAUAUCAGCAAGUGGUAAAAUAGGAAUAUAUGGUACAUGUAUAACAGAUGGAUUACACUAUUUGAUUUAUCAAAAGGUUAUGAAGGUACUAAUUGAGGGAAAUAUGGAUAAGGCGAUUGAACUAAUGCUAGAACUUGGAGUUACCAGGGAUUUUUUGGUUGAUGGAUAUAGUGGGUUUUUGUUCAAUGAGCAAGAGAAUUUGUACGAAAAACUGCCUAGCAAGACAAAGGCGGCAUUUACACGCAAAUACAAUUUACAGACUAUGGAGAUAAAUGGCAGCAAGGGUACACAUGAUAAAAUUAGGUCACAAAUGGAUGAUAAUGAUUAUGAAAAUUUUGUGGUUAGUGAUGAAGAAUUAUGA